UUGCUGCACGGCUUACAUGGCUUGCCAUGGCGCCGCUGUUCAGUGUACCGCUUCUUCAGAAGAGCUUCGCAGGAAAUGGAUUCCAUGGAGCUCGUCGAUGGUACACCCCACGCUCCAGGCGGAACUGGUCGCUGCAGCACCAUCGCAUCCGGAUUCCACGGCCGAUGGUCGAUAGGUUUGAUUUGUCACGGGUUCAGCCGCAAAAGGAAUGGUGGCGAGAGAGGCGAAUUGCACCCGCCACAUUUUUUGGCUUUCCCGACGUCACCAAGGCAGGUCUUCGAGGAGGUAGCGUGUACGUUGAGCAAAUGGAUGCGGUGACCUUGGCUGUCCUCACUGACAAGUGUGUUCAGGAGGAUGUUUGGGAUCCGGAAAUAUGGAUGAAGUUUGCCUGGCGGGCGCAGCAACUUUGUGCUCGCACUCACGAGCCCGAUUUGUGCUACAUCUUCCGGGCCUUUGCGCGUGCUGAUUGGUUUGAUCAGAACCUGCUUACAACAUAUCUUGGACGACUACAUCGCAGGCUGCCAAUGUUUCAGCUUCCAGAUGUGGCCGUCUUGCUCGAAGCUUUUGCAAAUCCUCGCUUUAGGCAAGGGGAGUACUUGCACCGAAGUCUGACACACAUGGGUCUUCUAUUGCAGCAUCGUGAUGAUGCAAGCGUAGAGGACUUGGCCAAGACAUGCAUCGCAUUGAGAGACCUUUAUCCUCAACCGGAGGAGAUUUCAACAGAAGUAAAAGCUGGUUUGCAGCUUUUGGGCGAGGCUCUGUUGCUGCGAGAGCUCUCUGAGCUGACACCUUCGCAGGCUGUGCAUGUGCUGCAUUGCAUGACCCACUGGAGACUGGUGAACACAGAGCAGCAAACCUCCAACGCCCCAGCAGACUUGAGCUGGACCCUGGCUCGAGAGUUGAAGGGAAAGCUCCGGAAUGCGGGCAAAGAAAAACCGGAGGAUUUGGCCGUGCUGGCGGAAGCGAUGUUUACCGGCGGCAUUCGUCAUGAGGAACUUUGGGAGGAGCUCGUCACAAAUCUGGAGUUUGAGAUGCACAGGCUCCCAGCUUCUUUUGCUGCAAGUGCAGCUUAUGCUGCUUCCAGAUUUGGCCACCGUGGGGCCAAGCUCUACUCGAACGCUGGUCGGCGACUGGGCGAAGAAGCCCCAAAGAUGUCGCCAAUGGACUGCGCAUAUGCAGCAGGUGCGUUCCUUCGUGGCCCAGCCUCCGUCGCAGAGAAAGUCCUGAGGGGUGCAAUCGGAGAAAGGAUCUUGGAAUUGGGCUUUGGCAGCUUCGAUCCUGAGGCGUUGACCCUGAUGCUGAACUCUUUAAGCCGUGCUGAACCUGGAGUGUGGGGAGUAGAAACAAUGGCAAGUUCAUUGCUGCAGGAAAUUCAUUCUCGUCUUCAUGAGCUCGAUGCAGAUCAGCUCACCUCAAUUGUGAGGAGCUUGGGCCACCUCCAGCCUGAGGUUCCGGAGGUGCUGAAACAAGUUCUGGAUCAUUGUCAGCUGAAAGUCGAGGACGCUGGAGGUAUCUCGCCCCGGUCUUUGGCCAGGCUUUGCCAGGGUAUUGCUAUGCAGCCAUCUACAACUCUGCCAGAUGCAAGCGAGCGCUUGGUGUCUCUGAUACCACAGGUGCGCAGAGCGUUGGAGGCAAAGCCAACUGCAGUUUCCACGGCUCAAAUCUUUUGGAGCUACUCGCGGUGUUCUUUUGACGAGCGGGAUGCAGUUCUAAAGGAUGCCGACACGCGCCUCACGGAAAGGGCCAUCGAUUUGACGGCGGAUUUGCUCCUAAACCUUGUUGAAGCUAUGGAAGCGAUUGGAAGGACAGGAUGGAGUCCAUCAGAAGCUCUUGUGCAGAAGGCAUGGAAAUUCAGCUUAGGGGUCUCAGCCCCAAGAAAGGUUCGGUGCAGCUUCUGGUGCGGGCUUGGGGUUCUGGCUUGGUGCAGGUUCAGUUCACAUUUCGGGUGGUUCAGGGUAGGUGAUUCCGUGGCUUUGCAGCUUCAGGUGGGUUCCGGUGCAAUUUGCGCAUCGUCCCUGGUCGGUCUGGAGUCGGUGUGAGUCGGUGAGGUUUCUGGAUGAUUUUGGCUUACGAGGUUCUGGGGCUGGUUCCGGGUGGAGGUUUUGGCGCAGGUUCUGGAGUUGGUUUCGCUUCCAGUGUACAAUUUAUACAAGCACGAGACAACUUCGCUGGAUACUGGACGAUACUGGACUUGAAUCUCCCUCCGUUUUCCAGGUAUCCUACCUCCUGGACAUGAAACGAUACGACUUGCAACCAGGCAGGUUGUGGCGUGCGACGAAAGCCUUUGAAUCCCUGGGAGUCGCACCGAAGCUUAUUCCCCCGUUGGAGACACGCGAUCAGCCAGCAGCGGCACAGACGAAGAGGCCAAGCUUGGCUGCAAAGGUCGAAAAAGAGUAGUUUCGUGCUUCCGUUCAUGAAAGCUGGGCGCAUCUGUGCGCAUUUUUGCCUUAGCUUUGGUUGAGCCUUCUAGUUCCUCGAAGCAGGGAGCUUUCAACAACGAUCUCUUCCGCUGAUUGAGAGUUUCA